AUGUCUCUGCAGGCGCUGGGUUGGCUGAGCUCCAAACUUGGCAUUAACAUUGACGGUCGCGCAGAUGCAGAGGAAAGGACUGGGUCAACUGCCUCCUCCUCCCCCUCUUUCCAGCGCCUGUCCAGUGCUGCCAUGACGUUUGAUAUGUGUCUGCACAAAAUUAAUGGUGCGUUGUUUGGUUGCGACAGUGAGUUCGGCAGUGGCGGUGAGAACAAUGUCUUCACCCGUAGAAGCGGCGUUGGUGGAACUAGCGGUGGAGACGAGGUGGAGCUGGAUGAGAACGGCCUCCCCCUUACAAGGAACUGGUACUACUUUGAUAAGCAGUUGAACCGCUGGAACGUAAGCCCUGAUGCCCCCGCGCAAAUUAAAGAGGAGUAUGAGCGUAGGCUGAAGGAGGAAGACGACGAGCGAGAGGGGCGAAACAUUCUUCCGCCACCGCCGCCGCCGCCGCCGCCGCCACCGCCUCCGCCUCCACCACCAGUCCCUUCAUUCGCACCCGCAAUGCCGUCUGUGCUGGGGGAGCAUCCCUCCAUGUAUCAGGGAUGCAACACCUUUUCACCUGGAGGGCCGCCAUCGCACGAGCAACAGAGUUCGUAUUCUCAAGGGUUAUUUGGCACCCAACCGCUAACGGGGUCUUCGCUUCACCGACCGCAGUACGCCAUGCCAACCUACUUUGAGCUGAGUACUCCUGCGCUGCAUGUAUCGACGACACACCCAUCCACACCGCACCAAUCUACGCACCAGCACCCACAACCACAAUUCCAGCCCCAGCCAGGGAAGGACUUUUAUACACACCCAUAUCAAAACCAGGGGGGAUACACGCAGUUUCUUCAGCAUCAGCAACAACAACAGCAUGAACAAGGAGGACAAUAUCAACAACAACAACAAACACUACAGCCGCACGCCGUACAGCCCUUACCAACAACGGGUUAUGUUAUGGGCGAUCAGAAUCAGUUUUUUUCGCCUUCACUUCAUGAUUCGAUGCCGGGAUGUUCGGUGCAGUACCCUUCCUGA